GGACAGUCUAGAAUUUUCUUCACUGAUAAAACCCUAUCCCUUCUACGGAUAUAAAUAUACGCCUUAACGACGCCGCCUGGCCAGAGAGUUUGUCGCUGUCCGGAGGAAGAGUACCACGCCAGAGGUCAUAUGCUGAGUUGCCGCACAGUUUCCUUCGCUGGAGAGGAAGAACGCUGGUGUAUCACUGCCGGACUACCAGGUCGUUUUCACGACGAAGAAAGAGACGCCGGAGAUACCACCCACUGCCGUCGAUCAUCAGACUACUGCUAUCUGUUGAUAGGUGAGAGGACCAGCCUAUCAUUGAGAGCCGGCCGGACUGACGGCCAUCCCUUCGCUGGAGGAGGAAGAAGAUCGCAGCUGCUCGUUCGUGACACCUGCUUAGCCGUUGUGACACUGCGACGCCAUCUGGAAGAAGAAGCCGAAGUCGCCGCUGUUGGCCCUGCGUCUAGUUGCCGAAGGCAAAGACGACUGAGAACAGUACAAGGUGAAUUCGGAGAAGAUCGAGGUAUAAGUUCGGCUAGUAUUUAUUGCGAUUUGAGGUAAGUUUCACGUCAACCAAAAUUAUACCUUUUCCUCGUAAAUCUAUUUAUGAUUAUUUAUUUGAAAUGUUUGAUGAUUUGAUGAGAUUUCUAGCAAUUACAUUUACGUGUUAGUUACAAUUGAGAUUUUUAUUUGAGUAUUUGGAAUUAUUUAUGGAUUGCUAUUGAGAAAUUAUAUUUGAAAUUUGAGUAUUUGAUAUUGGAUGAUAUUUUGAGUAUUUGAGUUACCAUAUGAGUUGUUGUUGGGAUUGGAAUUGAGAUUUGAGAUUUGAGCUAUUUAUGAAGUAUUUUAUAUUUUGGCUCUCUUGUGAAAUUUUAUGUAUGGUACAUUUGAGUGUAAUUUGUUGGGGUUGAUAUUUUACAUUGUGGAUUAUUAUGUGGACUUUGGAUUUCAUAUCCGUUUUGCUUGAGGUUGUGAUAUUGGUUGGGACUUUGAGAAUGAAUUGUGAUUUUUGGUGAGCACCCGGAGAAAUCCGUGGUGUCGGUUUGCCACAUCCGGAUAAAUGUGGUAUUGGUGAGUGGUAAUGGCUAUAAGUCUAAAUCCACCAGGGGUACUUCCCAAAAGCGGAGUAUCCCAGCUUAAUCGUAGUGUAGUUGGUAGAAAAAUCUCGACUACUCGGACUUCUUACUUCCUGGAGGGCUUGGAAUCCCUUUUAGGGGUGUGCACACUUAAGGUAGGAGUUCGGCUUCCACUAGCUUUGAUUAGAUUUGAGGUGAACUGGACUUUGAUUGAUUUGGUUUGAGGUGAACUUGAUAUAUUGAUUUGAGGUGAAUAUUAUUUGAUUGGAUUGGACUUGAGGUGAAUUUGAAUUCUUGGAUUGAUUGAGAUUGGAUUGGAUUAUAUUUGGAUUGAAUUUGAGUUGGAUUGGAUUAUUAAACUAUUCUUUUGAAUUUUUAGAGUAUAAAUACUUUUAUAUUUGAUUCGGUUUAAUUACGUUGAAUAUCCUUUAUAAGUAUUUUAUAAGUAUUUUGUGAUAAUAUUUGGUGGUUUAUGUACUUCGGCAUUUUGGAAUUAUUUUGGUUUUGAAAUAUGUACUUAUAUUUGAUAUUAUUAUUUUACCUAUGAAUUGUGUUAUGAGAAUAUUUUAUAAUUGUUUUACUUAUGAUUUACAUAAAGUGUUUGAAAAGAAUUUUCCUCCUAAAUGUUGUUUCAAAAAAAUAUUAAAUUAUAUUAUUUUAUGGGGUUAGGUGGAACUUACUUAGCAUUGUUGCUAAUUUUUCUUUUCUUUUGUCUUUCUUUCUGUACUUGAUUUUGUACAGGUGAUGAUUUGAUGAAGUUCAAGUUGAUUUCGAGAGAGCUUCCGCUAGAAAACAUAAUUAUAGUAAAUCAUUGUAACUCCAUUUUCAAUAUCUUUAGUUAGUGAUAAUUAUUUCUGGAGUUUAAAUUGUUUUAGCCUGUGCACUCGGUUAAGGGAGAACCGAGUGUGGCGGUAACGCCCCUAUUUUCCUUUUGAUUUUCCGCUGCACAAUUCUGAUGUUUUCAAAUAAAAUUAAUAAUAAAGUAUUAUUUUUGGGUGGGAAAUUUGGGGGUGUUACAGCCA